AUGGCAACGCUUGCUCGGACGGUAGCGCUCGUAUCAGGAGGGGCGUCGGGGUUGGGCGCUGCCACGGCACGUCAUUUGAUCCAGCAAGGGGCCCGCGUAAUGGUCGCCGACCUGAACAUGACCGAUACGCUUUCAUCAUGCUACGCUCAGGGCCCUUGCUUGGCGUUCUGUCCUACGAAUGUGACCAAAUCAGAUGAGGUCAAUCAUGCCCUGGAUCAACUGGAACGAGUUUUCGGGGAACCUCUCAACGUGGCUGUGUCUUGCGCCGGAAUUGCUAUUGCCCAGAAGACGCUGUCAAAGAAAGGUCCUCAUGAUUUGGAUGAUUUCAUUGAAACAAUGAUGGUUAACACCGUUGGCAGCUUCAACGUGUCUCGAUUGGCAGCAGCUCGGAUGCAAGAACGCGAACCUGACAGAGAUGGUCUCCGGGGCUGCAUCGUGAACACGGCCAGUAUUGCUGCUUUUGAAGGACAGAUUGGUCAAGUAGCGUACUCCGCCAGUAAAGGGGGGAUCGUGGGAAUGACUCUACCCAUGGCCCGAGAAUUGUCGCGAUACGGAAUAAGAGUUAUGACCAUUGCUCCUGGUUUGUUCGAAACACCACUCCUGUCAAGGUUGCCGGAGAGUGCUAGGGAAGAACUGGGUAACUCUGUUCCUUGCCCUCGUCGACUCGGUAAUCCUGAUGAGUUUGGGGCUCUCGUAGGGACCGUAUUGAGCAACCCAAUGUUAAAUGGGAGUGUGAUUCGACUGGAUGGAGCUCUUCGUAUGCCACCGUAA